AAGCCAGGGUCCUCCAGCUUCCGCGCGCGCCACCCCUCCUCCUUGUUGCGCAAUGACGCGAUAAGUCGAAGUGCCCAGACUGAGACGAGCUGCUAUGCCGGACCUCUUGCAAGAAGCGCUCACGCGAGCAGCCGAGCAGCACGCUCACUUGUCACCGCCGCAGUCUGCUCAUGCUAGGCUGAGCGAUCAUCGAUCAGAUGCGGGCGUGCACUCUGAUGAAGACGAUACCGUCACUCCGCUCCAUUCACGAGCAGUCUCACGAACAGGCACACCUCGGGCGGGCACUCCCAGGGGAGGCAGUAGAGCAGGUUCGCGUUCGGGUUCACCGACACGAUCGUCAUCCGCGCGCAAGCGACAGCAAGAGCGCGCUAAGAAAGAGAGCAGCCUUGAUCCCCUGCUGAGAUUCAAGCAUGAGCUCUCGCUCAAGAUCUUUGGCCAGCUCGAGAUAGAAGAUCUCUUGACUUGUCGUCAGGUCAGCAAGAAAUGGAAGGCUUCCCAGACUCUCAAUUAUUGCUGGUACAUCGAAUGCAAUGACUCGACCUACAUCGAUCCAGACGAGAAGCCGUCCUGGACCCGCAAAGACGCCAAGCAAGACUGGGCGGCGAGGUAUCGAUCGAUACAUCGUCGUGACGAUCUCGACUAUGCCGACGCAAGAGAUGCCGAAUAUGAACGAGCUCGUGCAGAGGGCUACCUGACACCGAAAGAGCAGCGAGAAGCCAAAUGGGCGGAGGAAAGCGAUCAGCUGACGGCGGGUGUCGACAAGCUUGCCAUGCGCGAGCAUUACAAAGGCCUCAAAAACUCGAAGCCGAAAGGCAAAGGAGGCCAGCGCGGCCCUGCAAGAGACGUGACAGCCUGGGAAGAGACAUACGACUCGACGUAGU